AAAUGAAAAUGCGCCGGCGUCAAUUAUCGCAAUAAAACAGUACUCCAUGAAAACUCCAAGUGUUCGGUCAUAAACACUUGAUUUUUAUUAAUAAUUAGUUUCGUGGAACUUAGAUUGCACUUUCUUCAGCGAGUUCGGUAGAGUGGGUUGGGACUUUCGGGCAAAUCUGAUUGUAUUUUUACCCCGGAGCGGACGCACCGCGAACAAGUAGACCAGAGACAGUGAGAGUACGCGCAGCCUCAAUAGAAUGUUUACACUCUGACCGUAGGACCUCUGGUGAAAAGAAUUCGGGCUUCUAAAUUGUUAAUAAUUGUAUAUGUAAGUAGAGGCAAAAGAUACCGCGGCGGCAAUUGAAUAGUUUAUGGCUAGUUGGAACGUAUCCCGCGUUGCGAUUAGGGUGAUAGUGGGUUAAGUUCUGCCUAGGGAUAGAAGUGGUGACAGUGCUGUCCAUUGGGGUAAUAGGUGAAACGGCAGCGGUCCAGGAGUAGCGGAGAGGAGGUAAUAUCCGGCGAGGCGGCUUAAUAUAGCUCAUAUUAACAUACUCUUGGCGAAAAGCUCAUCGUAAUCGACAUAAUCGUAGCCAUACAGACGCAGAGGAGGCAGGCGAACAAUAAAUGUAGAAACAAUUACAGAAACCGAAAGCGAAACGCAGAAAAUUAUAACAACAAAACAGACAAUUAUCGCGGAAAAAUUAGUCCAAACUGAAAACUGCCUGAUUUUCUUAUUAUCAUAAAUUUCCUUCAUAAUUCGAACAAUUUGCUUGAACAAAGCAAAUACUCCGGCGGCAAAUGAAAAGGAAAAUUAGCAUAAAAAUGAUUCACGAAUUUUCCGUGAUAAACUUUCUCCAUGUUGGAGUGUUACUAUUCGGUGCGGUGCUUCUGGUAGGAGUUGGUCAUGCGGGGGGUGAGGUCUUCACGGCUCUUACUGAAAUGGAGGAACUUUUGGAGACCGAAGCUGUCCUGAUCAAUAAUCUUGAGGGAUAUAUUAAUGUGCAGGAACGCAAGAUGGAGUAUUUGAAGAAAAAAAUGAAUGAAUACCAAAAGGAGCACGAAGAAGCUUCAGCUGAUAUUUCAGAAUAUCUAGCAAAUCCAAUAAAUGCGUAUCUACUAACAAAGCGUCUGACAUCAGACUGGAAGCAAAUAGAGAAUCUUAUGGAGUAUGAUGUUGGGACAGAAUUCCUUGACAACAUUACCAAUUUCCGAGAAGUCCUGAAAUUCCCAACAGAUGAAGAUUUGAACGGAGCUGCUGUAGCUUUGAUGCGACUACAAGACACCUACAAUUUGGACACAUCCAGCGUUGCUCGAGGAGAGCUCAAUGGAAUCCAAUACAGCACUGAAAUGACAUCAAACGACUGCUUUGAGCUGGGUCGUCAGUCAUACAUGAAUGGGGACUAUUACCAUACCAAAUUGUGGAUGAACGAAGCCAUGGACCGUUUGCAAGCCGAGCAUAAUAGGACGUAUUACAGUGAAGUCAGCAAAGCAGACAUUUUGGAGUAUUUAGCAUUCUCGGUGUAUAAAGAGGGUGAUGUUGCGACCGCUUUGAAUAUGACAAAUGAACUUCUGCAACUCAUGCCAGACCAUGAACGCGCUUUGGGCAACAAGGGGUAUUACGAAAAGGAAGUUGCUGAGCUCCAACGAAAGAGGAAAGGUGAUGAUGGCACCUCUCCAUUUGCAGAUAUCUCAAUCCGCCUGAAGAGCAACCCCUUGGUGUACGAUGAAAGCGAGAAGAAACUCUACGAAAUGCUUUGUCGAGGCGAACUAAAACCUACCCCCGCCCAACAACGCCCACUACGUUGCCGUUACAUUUCACACAACAAUCCCUUCCUGAAACUAGCUCCAUUUAAAGUAGAAGAAGCCAACUUGGAUCCUUAUAUUGUCAUCUUCCAUGAAGUGAUCCAUGAUCAUGAAAUUGAAUACGUAAAGAAAUCUGCCAAACCCCGAUUCAAGCGAGCAACUGUACAAAACUCUAAGACUGGUGAACUUGAGACUGCCAACUAUAGAAUCAGUAAGUCUGCAUGGUUAAAGGAUACCGAACAUCCUAUUAUUAAGAAUAUUGUCACACGAGUCGGAGAUUUGACGAAUCUGAACAUGGCAACAGCCGAGGAAUUGCAAGUUGUCAACUAUGGAAUUGGCGGACAUUAUGAGCCACACUUUGAUUUUGCAAGGAAAGAAGAAACUAACGCUUUCAAGGACUUGAACACAGGCAAUCGUAUUGCAACGCUGCUUUUCUAUAUGAGUGAUGUCGAACAAGGUGGUGCUACUGUAUUCCCUUCACUGCAAACCGCCGUCUGGCCAAAGAAAGGAACAGCAGCAUUCUGGUACAAUUUGUACGCUUCAGGCGAAGGUGACUACCGCACAAGGCACGCAGCAUGUCCAGUACUUACAGGAACCAAAUGGGUUUCCAAUAAAUGGAUUCAUGAACGAGGCCAGGAAUUCCACAGACCAUGUGCCCUGCAACCCGAUCAUCCAGAAUGGGAUUAAUAUCUUACAAACGUGAUAUAAAUUGGAUAACGGCAUAUAUACAUACCAAAAGUAAAAACGAUAAUUGUAAUGGAAAUUGCAGUUCACGAACAAUUGACAAAAUGGACAAUAGUUAACAAGUCUCUCUUUGUAUCGUAUCUCCUUCCACAUAUCUCGAAGACAUUUACUCUAUGCAAAAGGUGCAUUAUUGAUGCAUUUUCAGAAUACUCAUAUUAGAUGAAAUCUCAAGAGUCGCGAUACUUUUUGAUUAGGAUUUUUAUCAAUUUAAAUAUCAAUUGCUUACUGCGCGUCUAGUUUUGUAGGGAAGCCUAUUAUUUCUUGCUGAAAGGACUAGAGGAUAAACACCAAUAGUUUCUAUGUUUUACCACCAGUGAUUUUUCUAAUUUUAACAACGAUAAAUAUAGUAAUAUCGAAAUUGCAGUUCGUUCAAAUUAUCGACUUAUGAUCUGUACAUACAUUUUAAGUAAAGUUUUAAAAUAAACGAUUUUUAUAUAAAAAAA